AUGGCCGCGGCGAAGGCGUUGAGGGAGGUGGCGAGGAGGAGGGGGAGCUGGGCGGCGGAGGUCGGGCGCCGGUGCUUGUCCAGCGGGAGCGCUGGGCCGGCGGCGGUGGCGGAGCGGAAGGAGGGAGGGAAGGCGGUGAACCUGUUCACGGCCGUCAACCAGGCGCUCCACAUCGCCCUCGACACCGACCCCCGCGCUUAUGUCUUCGGAGAGGACGUUGGAUUCGGCGGCGUCUUUCGCUGCACCACAGGUCUCGCCGAUCGGUUUGGCAAGAACAGAGUGUUCAAUACGCCGUUAUGUGAGCAGGGUAUUGCUGGAUUUGCCAUUGGCCUAGCAGCAAUGGGUAAUCGAGCUAUUGCAGAAAUCCAGUUUGCGGACUAUAUCUUUCCAGCCUUUGAUCAGAUUGUCAAUGAAGCAGCUAAGUUCAGAUAUCGGAGUGGAAAUGAAUUUAACUGUGGAGGCUUAACAAUUCGAACUCCUUAUGGUGCUGUUGGGCAUGGUGGUCACUACCAUUCACAGUCACCAGAGGCUUUCUUCUGUCAUGUUCCUGGACUCAAGGUUGUCAUACCGCGAAGUCCACGUGAGGCUAAGGGGUUGCUAUUGGCUAGCAUUCGAGAUCCAAAUCCAGUUGUAUUUUUUGAGCCAAAGUGGUUGUAUCGUUUGGCUGUUGAAGAAGUUCCUGAGGAGGAUUAUAUGCUGCCCUUAUCUGAGGCAGAAGUGAUUAGGAAAGGAAGUGAUAUAACACUUAUUGGCUGGGGAGCUCAACUUGCAGUGCUGAAAGAAGCUUGUGAAGAUGCUGCAAAGGAUGGGGUAUCUUGUGAGCUCAUUGAUCUAAAAACACUUAUACCAUGGGACAAGGAAACAGUAGAGGCCUCGGUCAAGAAGACUGGAAAGCUCCUCGUUAGCCAUGAGGCUCCAAUCACCGGGGGGUUCGGCGCAGAGAUUGCUGCAUCCAUCACUGAGCGCUGCUUCCAGAGGUUAGAAGCGCCUGUAGCGAGAGUCUGUGGCCUUGACACUCCUUUUCCUCUCGUUUACGAACCAUUUUACAUGCCCACCAAGAACAAGGUCCUGGACGCUAUAAAAGCAACUGUAAAUUACUGA